AUCUAUCCAUUCAUUCACCAUCUCAAUUUCUCACUGCACAAAUUUUAUAAAAAAACACCGACCCUUAUUUAUCGGCAAUCCAAUCAUGUCUUUGAAUCCCGAUCAUCGACUGUCCAUUCUCAAAUUCACCUGACCCCACCAUCAUCGAUCCAAUCAAAUCAGAUUCUUAAUUAAUAUCUACCGAUCCAAUUUCUUAAUCUGAAGGGUUUGUUGAUUAAAUUUCAAAAAAUUAUUUUUAAAAAUAAUAAUAAUAAUUAAUCAGGGGGGUGUUUAAUAGCAUCGAAAAAUGCCUUCGGUGCUGUGGAUCGAUUUCAUAAUACCUCCUUGUUUAGCUAGUAGUAUAAAAUCUAAUAAUUACGUAGGUCGUAGUUGUUCUCAUCGUAUGAAACGUAAGCUUGAAAAAGGUGAUCGUCGUGGUAAUCUUAUUAGUUAACAAAUCCCUCCCCUCCCCUUUUUAUUUAAUAUUAAUUUAUUAGUGUUUUUGAUAAUUUUAUCGUAUUAACACCGGUCAAUCAGCUAUAUCAAUUUCUAGAUAUUCUCUUUAUUAUUAUUGUGAUAUCGAAUUCGAUAAGCGAAAACCGACUUUUGAAAUACCUGAUUGUUUGUUUGGUGAAGACCCCAGAUCUCUAAAGGUUUCUUGUAAUAUUUCCGUGUUUGGAGCGUUAACAGUGCACCCUAUUGUUGUGGGAUCUUCAGUUUCUGUGAGCUUCAGUUUCAGCUUUUGAUUGAUGUCGAUGGACAUAUGCUCUCGAAAUUGUUUGUCUUCUACUAAUAAUACCAAUGAUCUUCGUGGGUUUUGUUCGAGUACUCUAGAGUCUACCCAUGGAGUCUUUAAAGCUCUUUCUGUGGAUGAAAUUAGUGUUGAUAUGACCAAGUUUCUGAAUAUACAAGACGCCCAAGAGGACGAUUCAAGUUCCUUGCCGCCCCAUAAAAGUUGUGACUUUCAGAAAAAUUCCGAGUAUGACAAGUCUAGUCAAAGCAAAAUAUUGUCCCAAGCUACUGAGAAAUCACUUGGCAAGCUUGCCACGUGUUCGUCUUCAAGUAAAACAUUGUCUCCUGAAGACGCCAUCACUAGUGAAGUAUCUAAACAGGGUGACAACAUUGAAUCUCUUAGUCCAUCCGAGCUUCCUUCCACAUCUAUGCCAACGCAUCUUAAGCCAGUAUCCGCCAUGAAAGGCAGCCGUGAGAAAAGGGGAGUUGCUCCGCCAGUGAAGUUAACAGUAAAGUGGGCUCCAGAUGUUUAUGACCCCAUUCCUACUUCAGUGUCACAUGUGGUAACAAGCAGCAGGUCUUCAAGGCACAGCAAGAAGAAUUCGAGAAACAAGCAAAAAAGCGUGAGCAAAUCAUCACGUGGAAGCAAAGGUAAAGAGAAGAAACAAGUUAGAAAACGUGGCGGACACUCUUCGGGAAUGAGUUACAAGCUGGACCAUGAAGAGGAGCUGGUUGAUUUUUGUGAGCAUGGGCCUCAGCCAGGCGGAAUUGAUUUUCAUGUCAGGAAUCCGGAUCAGUUAUGUGGAAGUAGUUUUCUUAAGAGCUAUGGAACACGUUUGCAUCUCUCAUCGGUUGCAGAAGCUACCUAGCUUUCUGCAACAAACACAACUGGUUCGUGUUACUUAUGUGUAAAUAAAUAAUAAGGCUGCGAUUUUGUUGGUUAGUGUGAAAACUUUUAAGAAUCUCCUAUGAGUGUUCUCGACUGGUACUGCGACAAGUAUGGUUCUAUUUUUGUAGAUAUUGUGUACGUUGAUUGUGCCCUAUGGUUCUGUUUCUCAAUGAAGGGUUAAGUGUUUAUUUUGUUCUAGUUAUGAGCUUUAGAGCUUGGCUGUGUGUUUUGGAUCGACAAUAGGCUAUGCAGUUAUCGAAUCCAUAAUACACAAUGCUAAAACGGGCUGUAUUGAUUUUACUUGAGCAUGUUUUUAUUAUUUAUUAAUAAAGUGUUAAAUUGAUUACAAUCACUA